AUGGCAGAGACGUUCGCGUUCAAUGCUGACAUCCAGCAGUUGAUGUCCCUCAUCAUCAACACCUUCUACUCCAACAAGGAGAUCUUCCUCCGAGAGCUCAUCUCGAAUGCAUCGGAUGCCCUGGACAAGAUCCGGUACGAGUCCAUCACGGACCCCGACAAAAUCGAGGCUCAGCCGAACUUCUUCAUCAAGAUCAUUCCCGACAAGACGAACUCCACCUUGACCAUCGAGGGGCUGGACCUUCCUGGUCCUGCGGCUGGCAGCUUGGUGACGUGUGAGGGCCACAAGUGGGCCUGGAAGUCUGCCAAGUCUACCUUGGAGCGAAGGUGUGCCCUGGUUACGGGAUGCACCGCGUGGCACAAGCAGGCAUUGCGGAAGAAGCUUGGCGAGGCGGCCCCUGACUGCCUUUGCGGCCAGCGUCUUCCUUCGAGACCGCACCUUAUCUGGAAUUGCAGUCGGACCGCGGACCUGGUCACUGGCAUCCCGCCUCCGACCACCAGACUGCAUGAAAGGUUGCUGGCGCAAGCGGUGCCGGAGAUCCCUGUUGGGCCCAUCGUGCUUGAUUACGACGGCUAUGUGAGCGACCUCUCCGAGGUGUUGCAGGCGUGCUUGACGGCCGAGGGCGAGGUGCUGCUGGCGACGGACGGCAGCGUCGUCGACACGGUCUCGGCCUGGGCGGUGGUGCUGGACAGCGACCGCGGUGUCUUCUCGAUGGGGGUGGAUGCGGAGGACCAGAGCCCACAUCGAGCGGAGGCGGAGGGCAUGCUUACGGUGGUUCGUGCUUUGCAUCGCUGCACGGCUGCCGGGCGAGUCCAUCUUCUUGCGGACUGCCAAUCAGCCAUUGCGACUUUGCAAGGUGGUGGGGACACUCAGGUGCUUUCUCGCCACUCUCUGCAGCUGCAGGCGGAGAUGAGGGGCAGGAUCGAGAUCCUUUGGUGGUGGGUACCAUCGCACGGCAAGCUGGCCUCUCACAAGUGGCGUUGCCCGCCGUGUGGCGAGAUGAAGGCCAGGGCUCUGAACGCUGCUGUGGACCGUGCUGCUAGAACCUGCGCCACGGCGCGGGCCCAGGGAAGCGAGCGACAACGUUGUCUUCGGCUUCGAGAAGCUGCUUUGGAGUGGGAGAAGAAGGCGCAUCUGGCUUUCCGUCAGGUCGCCUCACGCUGGGCCGAGAACGAGCUGAUCAACAAUUUAGGCACGAUUGCCAAGUCUGGCACCAAAGCUUUCAUGGAGGCCAUGGCCGCAGGUGGUGACAUCUCCAUGAUCGGCCAGUUCGGCGUCGGCUUCUACAGUGCCUACCUUGUUUCGGAUAAGGUUCGCGUCGUCAGCAAGCACAACGACGAUGAGCAAUACAUUUGGGAGAGCGGAGCUGGUGGAUCCUUCACUGUCCAGAAGGACACAGAGCUUGUCCAUGGAGAGAUCAAGCGUGGCACCAAGAUCAUCUGCUACCUCAAGGAGGACCAGUCGGAGUUCUUGGAGGAGCGACGCCUGAAGGACUUGGUCAAGAAGCACUCCGAGUUCAUUGGCUUCCCUAUCGAGUUGUACGUGGAGAAGUCCAAGGAGAAGGAGGUGACGGAUUCUGAGGAAGAGGAGGAGAAGAAAGAUGAAAAGGAAGGCGACGAGCCCAAGAUCGAGGAGGUUGAUGAAGAGAAGGAGAAGGAGGAGAAGAAAAAGAAGACCAAGAAGGUCAAGGAAGUCUCGCACGAGUGGAAGCAGCUGAACAAGAACAAGCCGCUUUGGAUGCGCAAGUCCGAGGAUGUGACCAACGAGGAGUAUGCCUCCUUCUACAAGUCGCUGUCCAACGACUGGGAGGACCACCUUGCUGUGAAGCACUUCAGCGUCGAGGGUCAGCUGGAGUUCCGUGCGCUGCUGUUUGUGCCGCGCCGGGCACCUUUCGAUAUUUUCGAGACCAAGAAGAAGAGGAACAACAUCAAGCUUUACGUUCGUAGGGUCUUCAUCAUGGAUGACUGCGAGGAGCUCAUGCCCGAGUGGCUGAAUUUUGUGAAGGGCGUUGUGGACUCAGAGGAUUUGCCUUUGAACAUCUCUCGCGAGACCCUGCAGCAGAACAAGAUCCUGCGUGUCAUCAAGAAGAACCUGGUCAAGAAGUGCUUGGAGAUGUUUGCAGAGAUCGCAGAGAAGAAGGACGACUACAAGAAGUUCUAUGAGCAGUUCGGCAAGUGCUUGAAGUUGGGUGUCCACGAGGACUCCACCAACCGCACCAAGGUCGCGGAACUGCUGCGCUACCACACCUCCAAGUCGGGUGACGAACAGAUCAGCCUGAAGGAGUACGUGGAUCGUAUGAAGGAGGGCCAGAACGACAUCUUUUACAUCACAGGUGAGAGCAUUGCGGCCGUGUCUUCUUCACCUUUCCUGGAGACACUCCGAAAGAAAGGCAUCGAGGUGCUUUACAUGAUCGACCCCAUCGACGAGUAUUCAGUGCAGCAGCUGAAGGAGUUUGAUGGGAAGAAGCUCAAGUCCACCACUAAGGAAGGUUUGGACAUCGAGGACGAGGAUGAGAAGAAGAAGCUGGAAGAGAUGAAGGCCGAGUUCGAGCCUCUCACAAAGUUGAUGAAGGAGGUCCUGGGAGACAAGGUCGAAAAAGUCAUUGUGAGCUCCCGCAUGGCCGAUUCGCCCUGCGUCUUGACAACAUCAGAGUACGGAUGGUCUGCCAACAUGGAGCGCAUCUUG